UCGUUAUCGCCCCAACAGUCGGGCGAUAAACAAAGAAAUCCCCAAUAUGUGCGACAGUCUAAUGUUGCUAGGGCAGACGAGACAGUCAAGCCCGAGACACAACAUGAUGAAGCUCAGCGCGGUCGUCCUCGUCCUCCUGGGCCUGGCGUGCUACGCCGCCGCGGCCGCCGCCCCCAGCGCCGCACAGGCUGUGUCCACCGUCGCCGACGUGCGGGCCGCCCUGGAGAAGUACGACACCUGCGCGGACGACUGCGAGCCGACGCACUCCCGCUGCCACGACGCGUGCGCCGGGGGGCACACGCAGUGCGCCGCCGGCUGCCUCGUGGGCAUGUUCAACUGCGCGUACAAGUGCGGCAGGCUCCUGCCCCCCUACCCCGAGGUGGCCGUCUGGGAGAGCCAGCUCGCCGCCGAGAAGAAGACCAACGAAACCAAGGAGCUCCUGGAAGCUCAGACUCAAUUCAUCAGCGUGAAGCAGGCCUUGCAGCUGGACGGCUACAAGAAUGUACCCAAAAUCUCGGAGCUCGUCGGCUGCUUCGACACCGAGGGCACCCGCCUGAUGACACGCUUCAACACGUGCGCGGAGAGCGUGGCCUGCAAGCUGGAGACGGUCCAGACCACCAUCGACGCCUUCUGCAAGUGCGGCGCCGCGUGGGUCCAGCGCACCUCCGCCACCCCCAACCCCGAGCUGAUCCAGUGCUACACUGCCACCAAGCCCAAGGCCUGAGAGGGGGAGGGUCACCGGCAACCAGAAUCUUCCGUCCAUCGACUCACACUUUGCCUCAUGUCGAUGCGGACUGCGUGACCACUAUACUGGUAACGAGAACGCCUCGCAUGCACGGUGCAACGGGAGCGAGCUUGAACGCGCUGAAAAGCGUUACGGACAAAAUUAUUGUUUCAGGAGUCAUAUUGGCUUCCUGUUAUUAUCAUCCCUUUCCCUUCCAGGCUAUACUUAUAAAAUAAAUAAUCAUAACUUGCUUCCGA